CAAAAAGUGACAAGCCCAAUAAAAACCUCAAAAAUGGUGAUAAUCCACAUUAAAAAAGGCGACGAGAGCCAAUUUCUCAUCGAAACUUCAUUAAAAACCCCAAUCGAAGACCUGGUGAAGACGGUGGUCGCUAUCUACAACGGUCGUCUUAAAGUAAGCCGAAUCUGCAGCGAAAUCGAGGAACUAGCCAAAUAUGGAACGUUGUUUCCGCCGGAAAUCUUGGGGUUGACCGAAGAGCAGGUAGAGGAGCUCAAGCUUGUGGAUACCUGGGGGGACCAGUGCAUUCCUAGUGGAGGCUUCACCUUCGAAAAGGAUCCUGUUGGUAGAAGGAAUGGAAAGCAGCCUAAGAAGGCCAUGCAGGAUGUGUUAAAUAAAGCUGUUAGCGAUGCUAAAGAGAUGGUGUCCAAAAAGUUGGUUAAUGAAGGAAAAUUAUUGACGAUAAAAAUAAUUCACGAGGCGAUAAAUCUGUUGCGGGGUGCGGUCACCAUUGUAUACCCAAUGAAGUUACCGCCGCAUGACGUUAUCAGGAUGGAGUUUGAAAACAUCGAAGAUUUGUCGGGCACGCAGGCUUCUUUGGAGAUUAUAGAUCCUUUGACGGCUCAAAUGUGGUUUUGCGGAAAGGAGGUGUACAGAGAGGGCAAAAAAGUCGGAGAUUUUGCUGGAAAAGUGGAAAAUUGCAAGAUUAUCAUGAAGCUUUCAAAACGUGGAGAAGGAGCUCCAGCAAGAGAACCUAUCAUGUCGGAGAAUGAUAGGAAACAAAUGAUGCUACACGCAUACAGAAAACAGGAGGAACUAAAAAAAUUAGAAGCCGAUGAUGACGACAAUUAUAUGGAUUCCGAAUGGGCUAAUAAAGGAAAUUUAAAAAGACAUUUUCAUGGAUUAAAUAACAUAUCCUGGGGACCAAAAUAAAUAUAUGUAUUUUCUAGUAUAAUUUUA